UCUCUCAUAUUUUGUAAUUGUAUAUUAAUUAUUAAAAUAUUAAUUAGUGUGUAGUUAAUUAUGAUUUAUUUAUUUUUAAUUAAAUUUAUAAUAAAAAAUAUCUAAAAAAAAUGACAAAAAAUCCAAUUUUAUUUUUUUAUUUGAUCUGUGCUUGUUACUAGUUAGUAACUGAUAAGUGAUAAUUGAAAAUGCGUUCGAUUUAUUUUUCGUUUAGUAAAUAGAAUUUAUCAACCAUAAGAAUGAGAUUCUUGUAGCCAUUUAAAAAUCAAAAUGUUUUUAUUGGCACUUUUAUCAUAUCAUGCAUGCAACGGAUAAGAAAAAUUAUUUUACGGCAGUUUGAACAAUACACACAUAGACAUAGGGAUGCAGCAUUUAUUGGUCAUUUAAAAUGUUUGAAAUUUGGACAUCAAAACGGAGGUGAUUGGACCAGAACAACUCUUUUAAAUGCUGUGGUAAGCGGUGAUUUGGAUUGUAUGAAAUAUGCACUUAAGAAUGGAUGUCCACUUAACAGUAAUUAUGCUGAGCAACUUGAAGAUUCUAUUUGUGGUAUGUCUAGUGAAGUAGAAGAGAUAUGUGCUGCUGCCUCUAGUAAUGGUCAUUUAGAAUGUUUAAAGUAUUUACAUGAAAAUGGCUGUCCAUGGAAUGAAACUACAACUUUGAACGCUGUUUCUUAUGGUCACUUAGAAUGUCUAAGAUAUGCAAUUCAAAAUGGUUGUCCUUAUGAUACUGAAAAGGUAGAAAUUGCGCUAUUUGAAAUGUAUGCAGAGAAAAAAUAGAGCAGCUCAAAAAGUAUUAUGAAACUGAUCCAAUAAUAAAGACUUAUGUUGUGUCAAAGUAAACUGACUGGUUGUGAGUCAGGACUAAGCCUUAUGUCAACAGAUGAAUGUUGCAACGGUAUUGGACAAAUAAGAAUGUUUUUAAUAUUUUAAAUAUUUAUAGUAUUAACAUAAAUAUGUAUUUAAUAAGUAUGAAAUAUUAUUAUUUAUUAAGUUUAAAGGAAGUGUCAUAA